UAAACUGGCAUGGCAGACAGGCCAGACGACGACGCGUAUGAGCUCGAGGCCGCGCUGAUGGACAUGGACCAGAACGAGGUCGCGUACCUUGGCGUACCACUUGUGCACGUGACGCUUCGGACGCUGCGGCAGCGCGACGAGACCACGUUUGUGCUGCAGUACCGCGAGUCGCACGAGAUGCGCCAUGAUGUCAUUGGGAUCGUGCGCGACGCCGCGGAGACGCGCCGCCGCGGCCGCCUCGAGAGACGCAGCAGCAACGUCUUUGGCGGUCUCUUUACGUCGCUUGCGCGCGUGGAGAGAAACCCGUAUGCGCAGCAUGCCGACGAGAUGUUUUUGGAGCUCAUCUCGGCGCCGUCAACGCCGCCGCGCCCAACGACGCCACCGCGCGCCCGGUUGUUUGAUGCAGUACCAAAGACGAGCAAGGUGCGGCAGCACUUUCAGCAGCUCUUCCAGACACUGCCGGGCCAGCGCGCCGCGAGUCUUCUGGUCAAGCCCGUCCAGCACUCGUUGUGCAGCGUGCUCUUUGAGUUUGCCGAGAUUUUCCAUACCUUGUACGCAUCGGCGAGGUCGCGCGAGGAUGCUGCGCACGCCGCGCUUGACGUGCGCGAGUUUGGCGGCGUAUUGCUGCAAGUGCUAAGCUUCAAGUACCCGCCGCUCCAGCACGAUGCCUCGCUUUUGGAGGUCGCGGCCGAGAGUGUCGAGGACGCACUGUUUCUGCACUUGCAGCCAACACUCCACAAUGUGUUUGCACAGGUCUACGGCGCGGACGACGAAGCGUGGAGCACCAAGCUCGCGCACUUGAAAGCGUUGCCACUCGACGCGUACGACAUGCCACAUCGGUUUCAAUCUCCUUGCUACGACGACGCGAUCACGGUGCUCUCUGCGCUCGGGAAUGCGCGAACACCAAGUGCGAAAGUCCGCUGCGUCGCUGCGACUUGCACGAGCAUUGACCGCUGCAUCAAACGCCAUUAUGCCUCCGACCCCAGCAUGGCAGUGGAUCGGCUCAACAUCUCGGCCGAUGACUUGCCCUCGGUGCUGGCCUAUGUGGUGGCACAGGCUGUCGCGACACACGGCCACCUCGCGUCCUACGUUGCCCUUAUGGACGCCUUCUUGCCUCCGCGACUGGAAGCUGGCGAAGAAGGUUAUAGCCUUGCGAUGCUCCACGCCGCCUUGACGCACCUUGAGAGUAUCGAAUAGCUACCUCCAGUGCAAAGAUAAACAAGUACGAG